AUGAGUCGUUCUCGACAAGAUUCGGCAAAUGGUAUACCUACUUUCAAUGAUAAUGAUGAACAACAAUCAUAUUCAAGAUCAAUACUGCCAACAUUUUCGGCACCAACACGUUUAGGUCGAAAAUCAUCCAUAGCUGCUAUAUUUGAUGAUAAUCGUCGUCGUGAUGAUGUAUUAUUAAAACAAACACAACCAAAUUUACGUCAUUUAUGGGCUAAAUAUAAUAUUCCAUAUGUAAUUGGUGAUGAAAUUCUUGACAACAAACGUUCAUUAUGUGAAACAGCAUUAAUUAUAUGUUCAUGGUGUCUUCUGAUACUUUUUUUUCCAUUUUCACUUUUUCUUACAUUAAAAAUUGUACAAGAAUAUGAACGUGCUGUUAUAUUUCGUUUAGGUCGUUUGAGUAGUAAUUCAGUACGUGGUCCUGGUAUGUGUUUUACUUUACCAUGCAUUGAUACAAUGCAUCUUGUUGAUAUGCGUACAGUAUCAUUUGAUGUUCCACCACAAGAAGUUUUAACACGUGAUAGUGUUACAGUUGCUGUAGAUGCUGUUGUUUAUUAUCGGGUUUUUAAUCCAACCAUAUCAGUUGCUAAUGUUGAACAUGCACAAGAAUCAACACGUCUAUUAGCACAAACAUCAUUAAGAAAUGUUCUUGGUACACGUCUUCUAUCAGAAUUAUUAUCUGAUCGUGGUGCUGUUUCAAAUUCUAUGCGUGAAUGUUUAGAUGAAGCAACAGAUAAUUGGGGUAUUAAAGUUGAACGUGUUGAAAUCAAAGAUGUACGUUUACCACAUAUGUUACAACGUAUUAUGGCCGCUGAAGCUGAAGCAGCACGAGAAGCAAGAGCAAAAAUUAUUGCUAGUGAAGGUGAAUUUAAAGCAUCACGUGCAUUAAAAGAAGCAGCAGAUAUUCUUUCACAAUCACCAUAUGCUUUGCAAUUACGUUAUUUACAAACAUUAAAUGGUAUUGCAACAGAACAAAAUUCAACGAUUGUUUUUCCAUUACCAAUUGAUCUUCUUUCAUUAUUUCAAAAACCUCAAUUACAUUCAAAUACAUUUGUAUUUAAAAAACCACCAACAACAUCAACUAAGAUGGAUAUUCCAAUUGUAGAUACAAUAAUAUCAUCACCAACAGCAACAGAUAUUUAG